CGAGGACGUGUCGUAGACGACCAGGAACUCCCGAAAGAGGCGCCGUCGCGUCAAGAGCAAUCGGGGGAAAAAAAAACUGCACACACCGGAGGGGGAGGAGGUGGCGACGGGCGAAAAGUAGGAAGGGCAGGAGGGACAAAACAAAUGGGGAACGAGGAGGACGACCUGGCGUGGACCCUACGAGCACUCUUGGCCACGCGAGGGCCCGAGGGCCAAACGCAGACCGAGGGAGCACGCACACCACACUGCGGGGGAAGCCCCCGGGGCACUCGGGGGACAAGGCGCCGGCCCCAACUCCUUGCGGGGCCGGGGGAGGGUCGGCCCCGGGAGCGCGCUGGGACCCCUGGGCGCGUUUCGCCAAUCUGCCGGGCGGUCUUCACAGCAGACGGCACACAAUGCGUCUUCACAGCAGACAGCACACAAUGCGGUGGAGGCGUUGGGUAGGGAACCCUUAGAUCAGGAAUCCAAGCACAUUCCUUAACCAACGCCCCCGCGGGAGUCAGUCUUUACGCCAGAAAGCACACAAUAUUGGAUGUGCGUACAACAAAUGCAAAGAAAACGAACAAAACAUGGUGGUGUGGGCCCGCAUGGCGGCAGGGUGGGCGACAACUCCGUCGCGGCCCUCCUGCUGCCUGAGCGCUGGCGGGCCCAAACAUCUACCUCCCUGGCCAGCAUUUGCACGCUCGACCCCGCACCGCUUCGAAGUUCAUAUGCUGCAGAUAGCGCAAGCGAGACGCGUGCCCACAAGGCGCGGGGCAUGCCUUGCAGCCUCCAGCCGCUGCUCGCGGGCGGCACCAGAAGGGGGCGGCGCGAGGGCGAGGUGGAGGGGGGGCCCGCGCGGUCAGCUCGCAGGCGCUGCCUGGCCAGACUAACCUCAAGGGUAGCAGCGAAAAACGCAACAGCGCGCGAGAGGUGUCACACCGUCAACCUCGCCAACGCCAUCAACAUACAUCCUGGGGGUCUCUCCCGCGGCGGCGGCAACACCACUCAGAAAACUCAGCCUCGGACCCUCCCCGACCAGCGCGCAGAGGCUUGCUAGCGCGGGCCUGCCCAUCGACCUGUCCAUCGCGGGCGCAGGUGAGACCCCGAUGCGAGUCCGCAGAUCCAGCGUCUGGGAGGUCCUGGACACAUGAGAUCGGGUUUGUCUUCGGCCCCGAGCGAGCUGGAGAUAACCAGCAGAAGCUGCAGCAGGAUCCGGCGCAUGAGAGAGCAUCGUGCUGAACGCUUACAGCUCGGACCUCGGGCUCGACAAGGCCCUCGUAGGGCGGGCGCACCGUCGGAACAGCAUCGCCCCUGAACUCAAAAUCGCGCGCGCUCUCCUCAUCGGGGCGAACGACCGACCAGCCGCAACGACGCAUCCGGCAUCUUAGCGCACUUACUGCCAGGCGCAUCCAAUCCGCACCCUCCCCAACCGCGCGCGCGCGCCUUGCCCCCCGCCGCUGCGUUCACGUCAGCGAACAGACCCCGCGACCGCGCAAUCUUGCGGGGGGGGGCGGGGAGGGGGGGCAGAGCAGACGCGGCAGCGGGGCUCGGCGGGGGACCUCUGUUCCCGAACGCUGCACGCCGAUGCUUAAUGAUCAUGCAACGCGGGUUCAACAUGCCCACCGGGCUGCGACGCGCGCUUGGAACCAACGCGGCCACUGCGCGGACAGCCCCGCGCUCGGCGGCGCGGCGUCGCCCAGUCAACUCCACCUCGCGGGCAAAGACCGCCUCUUUAAUGCCUGGCGUCAGCCUGACAUCGGGCCAAGGCCCGCCGUAUAAAAUGCAUCAGCAAAACGGGCAACCUGGAAAACAUGAAAUCAGCUCACCCCUCGUGGCCAGCGCAGCAAAGACGGCGAGAAGCCUCCGACCGCGCGGUGCACCAGAGGGCGGCGCACGUGGCAACAGAAAAGACGGCGGGGCAAAUCGCGAUCUUCGCUGCUAAAUUUGUCAGAUGGCGGUUGGCCAGAAGGCGGCAAGGUCAGAAACCUACCCCAGGUCCAGCAUGGCGCACAUAGCUGCGGCAAUCAGUCCCUUCACAAUCCCCCGCCGUCUCCGAGCCUCCAGAGAGCGCGGUCGAUCCUCGUCGCUGGGCCAGACGCGCCCGGCCCCGCGCGCGUGCCGAAACGACGGAAAACCCAGGAAGGUUAGCAACGGAAAGCAGCUGUUCCCUGCUCGCGCGAGAAGCAGGGCCGCCAAACACAUCACUACUUCUGACAAGCGUGGCGGUCGCGCAGGUUCCCGAGCCCCUGCGCCGCGCGCACUGCACCGCCUGCGACCGAAAACACUGGACAUCGGCCGCCGCGAGGUCCAUGGCCGCAUGGUCCCUCGGAGAAAACUCCAGGUCCGUGAUUCUUCUGCUUCGCGCAGACGGGCGAGGCAUGGCGCGGCGCGCAAGCUUGCGGGGGCCCCUUGAAGGCCCUCCGUGAUAUUCCACUUGCCGCGCGCGCGGGCUUGACGGGCAGCCGCUUGCC